AUGGGUUGUUUUCUACAACAAAAUGCUUCAGGCAAACUUAUUUCCUUAAGAUUUUACGGAGCGCUUGAGUUUAAUACUGUAAUGGAGCAACCUGAGGUCGAAAAGGGCUGUGCUAGCUCAGAAGAUGGCGGACUUACCAGGAAUAGGAGUUUCAAAUCAAAACAACUGGUACGAAGUCAAGCCAUACGGGAGUCCACAUCCCCUCCCCGGACAGUCUCCCCCUACGCGAAAGACAAGGACAAACAUACAGAAGAUAUAAGUGCGAGUGAGAGGGACAAUAGUGACACGUCUAGUCAUAGUGAUAGGUGUAGUGUGAUAGAUAAUGAUAGAUUGUGUGAUAAGAAGCAGCCGGUGGAAAUACAGAUAACACCUGGGGCUUGGGACGAGUCGGUCGCCCCGCAAGCGGAGCACAGCGAGCAGCGCAUGCGCGCGCGGCGAUGGCUCGGCCACCGCCCGCACUCGGACACGUCGCGCGACCUGCUCACGCACGGGCCGCGCCGCGCAUGCGUGUGCGGCGAGUGCGCAUGUCCGGACUGCAAAGGCAAGAGAAGGAAACAAACAUGUCCCACGAAGCAAGACUCCGGGAUCGUCUGCUCCGAGGAUUGUCCAGAUUGCUCAGAUUCUGAUGGUCCAAAUUGUAAUGGAGGGAAAAAAUCUGGCAGCUUAGACACAGACGAGCAGACAUUCUAUUGCAGAUGUCCGGAGCGUAAAGAGAAGGCUAAGAGUUUUUCAGUUAGUGGCACUGACUUUGAAUCAGAGCCAACAAUGCCGGAGCUGGUCGCCUUCAUCAAGGAGACCCUGAACAAGAACCCACGUGAUCGCAUCACGUUGCUGCGUAUUGAGAAGGAGUUGCAUUCUUUGGUCAAUGAUAAUGGACGGUGUGUGGUUCGGUUCCCGGUGAUGACAUCGUACGGACGCAUGCUCGUGCACCGCUGCGCCGCGCUGUUCCGCCUCGCGCACCAUCUCGACCACGGCGCCAAGAGUUGUGUGCUCGUCUCUAAGACUGGCACGAGCGGCGGUCGAAUCCCGUGCACGCCAUUCCGCCGAUGGUGUACCGCCGUGUUCCCGCAGUCGCCGCGCAGUGAUGAGCGCCCCGUGGACACUGCCAAGUCGAUAUUGAAGAGGUGCGACACGAACAACUCGGCGCCGGCGGCGGCGGCGGGCCGCAGCAAGUCGCUGGAGCAGCGCGAGCGCGACUACGAGCGAGUGAGACGCAGGAUAUUUAGUACGGAUAAUUGUACACAGGACGAGUCGCAGUGGCCAUGGCUCUCUGGACCAGUAAAGCUUUUGACGCCGGAAUCUGGAAGGAAUAAGCUUCUAAAGGUGCAUUCCCUUGAAGGGGGUGCGGGACGCGCGCGGGGGCCGGUAUCCAAGAGCCACAGUUUCGGCGGCUACUCGGAGCAUGCGCCCGCGCCGCAUCAGCGCCUGCUCAGCAGACAGGAUACACACAUUCCAGGUGACCUGGCCUCGAGCAGCUGGCGCCUGUCGCCAUCCAGCUCCGGCUACAAGACCCUCAGCCUUCGCAGCACCGACUCCGUCACGCCAUCGCCAACUGGCGGUGCGAGCCCCGAGCCCGGGGGCGAAGGCGCCACGCUGCUGUGGGCGGUGACGCACGUGUCCGCAGUCCCGACCGGCGCUCUCGUCAUACAUCCGCAGACGGGACGACCGCUCACCAAUCCCGACGGCACCCUCUACCACUUCGAUCCCGACAACCCUCCGUUAAUGUACGACGCCUCGGGUUACAUACGCGGCGGCGAACAGAAGGAGGACUCGAGUAAUGAUAAGAAAAGAGGAAAAUUAGAGAAGCAACAGUCUUUCAUUGAUAAUGAUUGCGAGUGUCAGCCGACAGAGGAGUGUCAAACGAAGUGUUGUUGCGAGUGUCGUGACAGUUCCAGUGACAAGAAUUCUCCACAAAAAACAAAAGCAGCGUCAAUCCCCACGAGCCCGGUUAAGAACCACUGCGAAAGCAAACCAAUCACGCCGGAACCGAAACCGGAACCGAAAUUAAAAAACCAAACCGAGAACCAUGAACCACAAAAGACCGAAGCUCAUAUGGAAAUACCUAAAGCGAAAGAAACUGUUAAACAUGAGGCAAAGGUGAAUGCGAAUCAAAAUACCCAGAGGUUUGAAUCUUCAACUCAAAGACCGAUAGAACCAAACCAAUACCAAAGGCUCGAAUCCAAGAAACCAUACGAGAACAAAUCAGUCAGGUCGUUUGAAUCGCCUAAACAUCCAUUUGAUACGAAUCAAAGGUCGUUCGAUUUGAACCAGAAGUCAUUUGAUUCAAAUCAAAGAAAGUUUGAGUCAAAUCAGAGAUCGUUUGAUUCAAAUCAGAGAUCGUUUGAUUCAAAUCAGAAAUCGUUUGAUUCAAAUCAGAGAUCGUUUGAGUCGAAUCAGAGAUCGUAUGAAUCAAAUCAGAAAUCGUACGACAGAUACGAGAAAGCGUUUGAGCAGAGAGUGAAAGAAGAUGCGUAUCAACAACACUAUGCACAAGGAUAUAGGAAUGAAGAGAUAAUGUCCCCGCAUGCGGUAGCGAGCUACCCGCAGCCGGACGCCGGCGAUAUGCACACGAAGGUCGCGCCGGUGCCUAUGCAAGAUCCCAACAUACGUCCGAUGUGUUUGACGAACAUGAUGUACCCGACCGGCGUGUCGCACAACGCGUACCCCUUCGUCAACACGAGCAGGAUUGAGCAACAGCUGCCGGGCCCGAUGUAUCAGCAAAUGAUCCAGCAGCACGAGGAGCAGAAGCAAAUGGCGUCGUCCCCGCACAACGAUAACACAUUCAGAAUCGAUCCGAGCUACCCGUACGCGGCCGACUUCAGCGCGACGUGCGGUACUUGCGACCCGAACACAAUGCAACAGACGAGAGGCUACAGCGUGCCCUACAACCAAGUGGAGGUGCAGCCGGGACUCAUGCCGCAGUACUCCGUGCCCAAUGUCCUCAUACAGCAGCCUAUACAACAUUAUCCCUACCAAGAGCAACUGGUCCAGUGGCCCAGCAUCCCGCAACCCGCUAUCCCCGCGCCCAGCAAGUUCGUGGUACAAGACCUCUAUCCGUUGGUGUAUCCCAACAUGUACCAGCCAUACAACAUUGUAUACCCACAGGUCAUACCACAACCAUAUCCGAUAGUCCAACCGAUAUAUCCUCUAAUGGACAAGCAGUCAGAUCUACGACGAAACUUGCCCCGUGCUAAACGAAACCCAUCACGGCAGGCCGACGAAGGGAGAUACGACGAAUACAAACAUCCAGACGAACAGAACGACAUUCAGACGAAAAUACAACAGAUAAAAGAUCAGAUGUCACAAUUGAAUACACGGGAUAAGGGAAGGAAUGAAUGGCGUAGAAGGAAUAGCGGUAACGGGAUUUUGGGAAGCUAUCCCGUUAAUUUUAACGGGACUGUUGUGGGGGGAGCCCCCGCAGACGACAGCCGGCUGAGCACAGCGGCGCGCGCCAUCGUCGACUCCAUACGCAACUUGCAAGUCAAAACCAACUACGCAGAGCCGCGCGCGUUAGCACCACGCCGCCGUGAGGACGCUCGCCGCCCGCCCGCGCCCUUCGUCAGACAGAUGUCCCCAGGGACGUGGUGCAGGCGAUCACCGGGCCCGCUGCCGCCAGGUUACAACCAACCGCGUCGGCCUCACCCGGACACACGUAAUGGCCGACGC